AUGGAGGGACAAAACGAGCAACUGGAGCCUCAAACCCAGCCGAACCCUGGGACCACGGCCGGACCCAUCCGUCGAUCAUCUACGGUCCGAACUACUACCAGCACUCUCCAUCACAAUGAGUUCCUUCGAUCUUUCUUUCGCCGGGAUUCUCAUAUCGGCAAUGUCUGCCGGCAUCCUCUCCGGGACCAGAAGAACAUCGAACUCCAUACGUGGCAUGGGCCUGAUGAUCCGGAUAACCCCUCCAUCCUUACUGGACUGCCAGCUGGAUCAUAUGGCGCAGGAAACAAAUGGAUGGAGCAGCGCUUCCAUGUUCAAAACACACCCUUCCCAAAUCUUGCUUGGGCCACCACCUCCUGGAAUAUGGGGGCUGCAUUUUGGCCGCUCAUAUUCGUUCCGUUGACCGAAUCGUCAGGGCGGAUGCCCGGCUACUUCGUUGCGUACUUCAUCCUCGUCAUCUCCCUAUUUCCGUCGGCAUUUGCACAUAACUUCGCUACACUUGUUGUCACUCGAUUUUUCGGCGGUGGCGCAUCGUCCGUUUCGAUUAACAUCGUUGGCCGGAGCAUUAGCGAUGUUUGGUAUGGCGACAGAGCACGAAGUCUACCAAUGUCUCUUUUUGGGUUUACCAGUGUAGAAAUUCACAAGAGCAGUCCUUGGAGAUGGUACGAUUUCUACGCACCAGUGGAAACAGAUUGGAUCUUUUACGUCCAAAUUAUCUACAACGCUGCUUUGAUCCCGGUUUUUUACCUCAUCCUCCGCGAGACUCGAGGAGAUGUCAUUCUCAAAAAACGCGCCAAAAAGCUUCGCCACGAAACUGGUCGCCCUAUUUACGCCGAGGCUGAUUUGAACACGACGAGUGUGUGGAAGCUAAUGCAAGUCUCUUUUGAACGCCCAACCCGCAUGCUUCUCACAGAGCCCGUGGUCAUAUUUUUUACCCUUUGGGUCAGCUUUGCAUGGGGCAUCCUUUUUCUCUUCUUCUCAAGUGUUGGUCAAACUUUCAGUCACAACUACGGUUGGGGGACCUUGACCACAGGCCUAAUCCAGCUGGCCAUCUCGGCUGGGGCUGUGAUAGGCACCGUCAUAAACCCCCUUCAGGAUUGGAUUUACCUUCGUUCUGCGCGAAGGAACUAUGAGCAGCCCUGCAAGCCCAUCCCCGAAGCUCGCCUGUACACUUCCAUUCCGGGAAGUCUUUUGUUUGCCGCCGGUCUCUUUUGGUAUGGCUGGGGCAGUGUCGGAAACGGUUCCAUCCACUGGAUUGUCCCAACGCUAGGUAUUGGAUGUACCGGUGUGGGGAUCUACUCAAUUUACAUGGCCGUGGUCAACUAUUUGACCGACGCUUACGAGAAGUAUGCCGCUUCAGCGCUAUCCGCCGCCUCGCUGGGUCGUAACUCAUUCGGUGCAUUUCUUCCCUUGGCCUCCUACGAACUUUUUGAGACACUUGGUUACGGAUGGGCCGGGUCUCUACUCGGAUUUGUUGGGGUUGCUCUCUCGGUUGUUCCAGUAGUGCUGGUGCUGAAGGGGCCGGAAAUUCGACGGCGCAGUCCGUUUAUGCGGGAAUCUAUGUUUGAUCCACACGGCGAGAUGCUCCAGGACCAAGACUUGGAGAAAACAGCAGUCUGA